AUGGCGAUUGGGAUCUCGCAGUGUAACUACAACUUACCUUCGUUUUCUUCUUCGCUGCUUGAUGCGAUCUACCGCUCGAUCGACCAGGGCGACGACGAGAUGGUGAUUUACAGGGAAUCCGCCGCCGAAAAGCAGAAUCAAGGCGGCGCAGGCGUGUUUACGAGCGAGGAGGAGAUGGCGAACUUCCGCCGCGCCUGCAUGCUCGAGAAGUGGAUGGAGAAGAAGUCCGGCGAGAAGACCGCCGCGAGGAGGAGAUCCGCCGCCGAUCUGCAGAUGAAGAAGCCUCGGAAAUCGGAUCGGACGACGGAGAUGUCCAGCUGGAGCUCCUCCGAUUCCGAACCGUUCCCCCUCCCGAGGCCGAAGCCGGUUCGGACCGGCGCCUCGGCCGUCGAGAAGGAGAAAUUCCGGCAGAACCUCCGCGAUCCGGAAUCCAACCCCCGCGGCCGGCUCGGCGACGAGUCAGAUCCGAGCUCAAAGCUCGCAGGAAGCGGAGUCGGCGGCGGCGGCUUCCUGAAGACGAAGUCCCGCGCGCUGAAGAUCUACGGCGACCUGAAGAAGGCGAAGCAGCCGAUCUCCCCCGGGGGCAAGCUCGCCGGAUUCCUGAACUCUCUCUUCGCCGGCACCGGAAAACCGAAGUCCGCCGGCCGCGGCGACCACCACUCCCCCUCCCCGAAAUCGACCAAUACGUCCACGUGCUCGUCGGCGUCCUCCCUCUCCAGGUCAUGCCUCAGCAAAACGCCGUCGUCUAGGGGCAAGUUGUUCAACAGCGGCGUGAAACGGUCGGUCAGGUUCUCUCCCGUGGGCGCGACCGCAGGCAAUGAUUCCCACAAAUCCGCGCACGAUAGCAAAGCCCACUCGAAAUUCGAGGCCGUAACAACCCAAAGCAUGAGAAACGCCAUCAACGAGGAGCUCAUGGCCCACAUCAUGGAGAAAAACCGCCACGUGGAGAGCGUGGCCAGGGACCUUCUCGCGACCUACCAAAGGAAGAUUCAAUUAGUCGAUGACUCGAGAAAAUCGCGCCUCGAUAACCGAUUGUUCGAUCGAGUUUUCGAGGAGGACGAUGAUGAUGUGGCGAGUUGCGCAAGCUCGGAUUUGUUCGAGCUUGAUAACCUUUCGGCCAUUGGAAUGGAGAGGUAUAGCGAAGAGUUGCCCGUUUACGAGACGACUCAUCUGGAUCGUACGAGUCGAGUUUCCGCAAACGGCAUGAUUUUCUAA